AUGCCUGAGCAAAGCAAUGAUUACAGGGUUGUUGUGUUCGGAGCGGGAGGAGUGGGCAAAAGUUCUUUGGUCUUGAGAUUUGUGAAGGGCACUUUCAGAGAGAGCUACAUCCCUACCAUUGAAGACACCUAUCGGCAGGUGAUCAGCUGUGAUAAGAGCAUAUGCACUUUGCAGAUAACUGACACUACAGGGAGCCAUCAAUUUCCAGCCAUGCAACGUCUUUCUAUUUCUAAAGGACAUGCUUUCAUUUUGGUUUACUCUAUCACCAGCCGACAGUCCUUGGAGGAACUCAAACCAAUCUAUGAACAAAUAUGUCAGAUUAAAGGAGACAUAGAAAGCAUUCCAAUAAUGCUGGUGGGGAACAAGAAUGAUGAGAACCAAAAUCGAGAGGUGGACAGCAGUGAAGGAGAAGCCAUGGCUAAGAAGUGGAAAUGUGCCUUCAUGGAGACCUCUGCCAAGCUGAACCACAAUGUGAAAGAGUUAUUCCAAGAAUUGCUAAACCUAGAGAAACGCAGGACUGUGAGUUUACAAAUUGAUGGCAAAAAAAGCAAGCAGCAGAAAAGGAAAGAGAAGCUGAAAGGCAAAUGUGUGGUGAUGUGA